AUGUACAUCACCCUCUACUACAUAGUCACCCGCCUCCCUGACUCUCUUCGGGUAGUCACGGACCACUUCGUCUCUGAUUGCCCCACCACUCUUACCGUUGGCCUCCUCGAGAAGGCCCUCCUAGCGAUAGAGAAGAGCAUAGUCGUUGUAGGAGCCUCUGGUAGUAACCCUCGCACCCCUGUCUUUGAGGGGUGUUCUCCCUCCCCCCUCUUGCCCUCUGUUGCCUCUGCUGCUGCGGCCAACCUCGUUGGUUUAGAGUCGGUCGGCACUGCGUCUGCCCCAAGCGGGAGACGCCGCACCGGCAAGGGCAAGGGGGGCAAGGGCACUGGAGGGGCUGGAGGGGGCGGUGGAGGUGGUGGUGGAGGCGGUGGAGGGAGUGGGGGUGGUGGUGGGAGUGGUGCCGGGGGUGGCGGCGACGACGGCAGCAGUGGAGGCAGCGGAGGCAGUGGAGGUGGCGGAGGGAGCGGAGGCGGCGGAGGUGGUGGAGGAGGCGGAGGUGGAGGAGGCGGCGGAGGCGGCGGAGGCGGCGGCGGCGGCGGAGGUGGCGGCGGCGGCGGAGGCGGCGGUGGUGGAGCGAGUCGGGACUCUGCGCAGAGGAGUGGCGCCGGUGGUGGUCAGCGCCAGCAGCAGCAGCGGAGUGGUGUGACCCUGUCCCCUCAGCAGCUUCGUGAGUGGUACACUGCGCGCCAGCGCAGUGGGGGUUUUGGUCCCUGCUCUUACGUCCUCCGUACCGGCGACCGCACUGGUGAGCAGUGCGGAGGCCCGCACUCCACCCAGCGCUGCUUUGGUUGCCUGACGGACGCGUGGUGUCGCCAGUUCCCUAAUGCGUCAGAGAUCCCUCGCUGGGGAGAUCUGGCUAAGGCCGGGGUUGCUAUCUUUGAUCUUGAUUUUGAUGCUAUCCUUGCUGCCAUGUAUGCUGUUGAUACUAGUGUUGCUGGUGACUGUUACCUGUGUGUAUCGCCUGACCCGGGCAUUGAGGCUGCUGCUCUAGGUGCUGGUGGGGCUGCUGCUCUAGGUGCCCGUGCGUCUGCCGCCCCAGGUACUGGUGAUUCUGCUCUCUCAGGUACUAUGUCGUCACAGGCCUUCCACACCUUCACCCUGGACUCGGGUGCGUCCCGCUCCUUCUUUCGAGACCGCACCACUCUUACGCCACUUAGUCGGCCGGUUGCAGUCUCCCUGGCAGACCCCUCUGGGGGUCCUGUCCUUGCUAGCUUCUCCACUGUCCUUCCGUGCCCGGCAGCCCCCUCUGGCACCCUGUCUGGUCUCUACCUCCCCUCGUUCUCUACGAACUUGCAUACCCCCUAG